GUCCGGCUCAGAACCCAAGACUGGCCGGGGGCGCGGAACUCGGAGCAGGAGAAGCCGAGCGAGGACAAAGGCGGAAGAGCGGCCCCGGCGGCUGCGCUCCCCCCAGGCGCCCUCGAGAUGUUCUCGCGGAGGGGUCAUGAUGUCAAGAAGUCUGCGCAGAAGGCGUUGGACCCGCGGAAGGACCCGCUGACUCGCCUCAAGCACCUUCGGGUUUUGAUGGAUGCUGUGGAUGGAAGUGAACUUAAACAGUUCUUUGAGAUCAACUAUUCUCUAAUUUAUUUUAUCUUCUAUGAAAAUUUUGUAACAGUGGAAACCAGCUUGAAACAAAGAGGGAAUAAAUCUCAAAGGGAAGAGUUGGAUUCCAUUCUUUUUCUUUUUGAAAGAAUACUGCAAUUGUUACCUGAAAGAAUUUUCUAUCGAUGGCAUUUUCAUAGCAUAGGGUCAGUUUUGAAGAAACUUUUGCACACUGGAAACUGCCUUAAGAUAAGAUGUGAAGGAAUACGAUUAUUUCUUCUCUGGCUGCAAGCUCUCCAGACUAAUUGUGCAGAAGAACAGCUGUUAAUUUUUGCUUGUCUUGUACCUGGUUUUCCUGCAGUGAUGUCUUCAAAAGGUCCAUGUACUCUGGAUACCCUCAUUAGUCCUCCUUCUAAUCUUCCAAAUGUGAAAAUCUAUCCUGAGGAUAUAACACCACUUUUACCACUUGCUACUGGUGAAAAGAUUGAAGGCCCAACUUGCUACUUUCUUCAGAUACUCUUAAAAUAUAUGGUAAUUCAGGCUGCAAGGUUGGAAUGGAAGAAUAAGGAGAACCUUGAUACAGGAUUUAAGUUUCUCUUUGCCUUGUUCAGAAAGUAUUAUCUUCCUCAUUUAUUCCCCUCUUUUAUAAAACUAACCAACCUCUACAAUCCUGUGCUUGAGAUUCCUAGCCUGCGACCCAAAUCAGCAUAUGUUAGUACAACUUGUGAUGAUGGAAAUUUUUAUAGUACAAAAAUUCCAUACCUGGACGCCCGUGUAACUUUUAUUAAAUGGCUUGUAAACUUUUUUCUGGAAAAGAAAUACCUUACAGCAACACAAACUUUCAAAAAUGGUGUGGAAGUUCUGCCCAAAAUCAUUCAAACAGUGGGUAGUACAGCGCAAGAUAAAAAUCCUGAAGUGGAGAACAGUGUCCCAUCAGAUCAGGAAAAAAAUCAUACCAACCACAGCCUGAUACCCAGUGAUUCUAGUUUUUGCAGCAUUGAAGAGCAGCACCGGCCUGCAUAUGAGAUGGUACAGCAAAUACUUUUGUCUACAAGAGAUUAUGUGAAUUUUGUUAAUGAAGUAUUUCAUCAGGCUUUUUUGCUGCCGCCAUCAGAGAUAUCCUUAACUGAAAAGGUUGUGAAAGUUUAUAGGAAAUGGAUACUACAAGAGAAACCUGUGUUCAUGGAAGAACCAGAUACAAAGGAGACUAUUCAAGAUGAUGAUGGCAUCAUAGAAUACUCAACAGCAGAGACAGAUGGCAAACAUGUUGUGUCUGGACAUAAAAGAUCUUCAAGUUGGGGAAGAAGUUACUCCUUCUCUAGUGCUGUUACCAGAGGGUGCUUAUUAGAAGAUGAAAACAAGAAUGUUAAGGCAGGUCUUCAACCUAUGCUGCAGGUAUUCUUGACCAACUCUGCAAAUGUAUUUUUAUUGGAACCAUGCAAUGAAGUGCCUGAACUACUUAAAGAGCAAAUAAUUUCUUGCAGAGCAGUUUUGAGUAUAUAUAGGCGCAUGAUAAUGGAACUUCCAAUGAAUAAAAAGACCUGGGAGCAUAUGUUGCAAAUACUUCUUAGCAUAACAGAAGCUGUCAUGAGCAACGCCAAAGAUGAUCAAAUAAAGGAUGCAUUUGGUCAAAGUUUAUCAGGAUUACUAUUCCGGACUCUCAUUGUGGCUUGGAUCCGAGCAAAUUUGUGUGUUUAUAUUUCUCGUGAGCUCUGGGACGAAUUGCUACGUGUGCUGUCAUCCCUUACAGAUUGGGAAGAGCUAGUAAUGGAAUGGGCUAAUAUAAUGGAUUCUUUAACAUCUGUUUUAGCAAGAACAGUGUAUGGUGUUGAAAUGACCAACUUGCCACUAGAUAAACUAAGUGAGCAAAAAGAGAAAAUACAAAAAGGAAGAGGUGGUGUUUUGGAACAUCAAAAAGGAGCUGCAGUUGGAAGAUCAUUUUCUUUAAGCUGGAGAGAUCAUCCUGAUGUUGUGGAACCAAUGAGAUUUAGGAGUGCUACCACCUCAGGAGUACCAGGAAUUGAGAAAGCGAGGAAUAUAGUGCGUCAAAGAACAACAGCGAAGCGAAGCCAGUCUAUCAACAACUGUGCUCGUCUCUGUGAGGCUUUGCCAGCCACUAAAAGUGUGCCUCUUCUCCUUCAUACUGUGAGCUCUCUCUUGCCUGAUAUCUCUUACACUUCUUACUCUUGCACUUUUUCAGAAAGUGAACAAUAUGAACUAUCAGAAAAUGGAUCAGGAAUUGUGAAUCAGCAACCAGUAAACUUAUCAGGAGCAGAAUAUAACAGUCCUUUUUCAGAUCAAGAUCAAUUAACUCGAAGCAGUAGUACCUCUGAUAUUAGAGACCAGUGCAAUUCUGAUAUUUUCCAAGUCAGAAAAACAGAGAGUUCACAAAAUUUAACUUCAGGAUCCAGAUCUGUUCAAAAAAGUAAGGAGACCAUGAGCAAGGAGAGUACAAUACAAGAAGCAAGCAACACUCCAUCUGAGUUAAAUCUCAAGAUAGAUAUGCAGCAGUUACACGGAAGUCAGGGAGAGAAAGAAAAGUGUGAAAGUAUUAACAGUGAUACUUCCAAUGGAUACAGCAAUGAAAUGGGCAUGAGUUUGGCUCCCUGGCAAACAUGUGAGGAAAAUAAUGAUAUCUGCGUCCAAGCUGACAUUUCUGUUGACCCAGGUGCCCAUCAGUGGUUGCCUCUGAAUCCUUCACAGGCUACCAACUUAUCAGACAGCAGUGAGUUCCUUGCUGAUGAUUGUAGCAUAAUUGCUGGUGGCAAUCUUACUGGAUGGCAUCCUGACUCUGCAGCUGUAUUAUGGAGAAGAACAUUAGGAAUUCUUGGAGAUGUGAACAGUAUCCAGUCUCCUAAAAUACAUGCCAGAGUUGUUGAAUAUCUUUUUGAGUUAUGGUACAAAUUAGCAAAGAUAAGAGACAAUCUGGCAAUCAGUCUGGAUAACCAGUCUACUCCCUCCCCUCCUGUUUUAAUUCCACCACUUAGAAUAUUUGCAUCAUGGUUGUUCAAGGCUACAACUUUGCCAGAUGAAUAUAAAGAAGGAAAGAUCCAUGCCUACAAACUGAUAUGUGCUAUGAUGACAAGGCGCCAAGAUUUUAUGCCAAAUCCCGACUACCUGGUGCAUUUUUAUCUUGUCAUGCACAUUGGCUUAACUAAUAAAGAUCAGGAUGUUUUAAACACUAUCAUAAAACACUGCUCCCCAUUCUUUUUCUUCUUGGGCUUACCUGGCUUUACACUGCUAAUAAGAGACUUCAUAGCAGCUGCAACCAGAGUUUUGAGUACCAACAUGUUGGAGGCUCCCCGCUUAGAAGCAAAUACUAUUCUUGGAUCUCUGAUUUGCUUUCCUAAUCUUUACCAAGACAUCUCACUGUUACCAUCUGUUGCUGAAGCAGAAAUCACAACAGGAACCGCAGAUGUCAAAUUUUGCCUCAUAAAUAUUCUUUUAAAGAAUGCCACAGAGGAACCAAGUGAAGCUUCAAGGUGUUUAGCCCUAUGCUGUCUUGGGCUUUGGAUAUGUGAAGAACUUGUACACUGUACCAACCAUCCUCAAGUAAAAGACGCAAUAAAUGUUUUUGGUGUGACACUAAAGUUUUCUAACAAGCUGAUUGCACAGGCAGCAUGUGAUAUCUUUCAGUUAUUGACAUCUUACUGGGAAAAACUACAGAAAUACAACAUUUCUCUACCCCAAAAAAUUAUUGAAAUCCUUGUUGCCACUAUUGCAUUUCUGUUACCAAGUGCAGAAUACUCCUCUGUGGAAGGUGAUAAAAAGUUUAUAGUUUCAUUAUUACUUUGCUUAUUGGACUGGUGCAUGACAUUGCCAGUGAAGAUACUGUUGGAGCCUGUAUUUGCUUCCAGUUUUGAAAAUCAACAUUCUUCUAAUACUCCAUUGCUUGAUUAUAUCUAUAGGAUCCUGAACUGUUGUGUUUAUGGUUCAAGCCUUUACACGCAGCAAAGCCAUUAUCUUUUAAGUCUUGCAGACCUCUCCAGUGAGAUCUAUGAUCCCUUUAUGCCCCUAGGAAAUGUCAGGAAUUCUGAACUGAUUCCGUUUCAGUCUUCUGCAGACCUGAAUAAUUUGCUCACUGUUGCUGAAGAAAUGAAGAGGAGGAGCUUGGAGUUAAUACCAUUGACAGCCCGAAUGAUUAUGGCACAUCUAGUAAACAAUUUGGGCCAUUAUCCUCUGACUGAAGGACCUGCUGUUCUACAUAGUCUUAUUAGUGAGAAUCACAACAAUUUUUGUAUGGAAUCUUCUGAACUCUCACCUGAAGUCUUCAGAAGCCCCAAUUUACAGCUCUUUGAAUUCAACGACAAUACUGUCAUUUCUUACCUUCAGAUUCCUUCAAAAAGGGGGAUAAAUGAUGAACUGGAAGAAUCUUUCUCAGAAGUAAGAGUAAUUGUUAGGGAUAUCUCAGGAAAGUAUUCAUGGGAUGGACGAUUGAUGCAUGGGCCGUUAGCUGGUUGUUCACUAAAUCAGAAGAACAGAAAAUUCUCUGCAGUUACGGAAAAAAAUAAACAGAACUUUGAGACUCCAACUGAUUUCAUUCAGGUAGAUCAGGGGGAAGAUGCUCUUGAUGAGUUGCUAGAAAGAAUUGGCAGUAGUAGUCCUGAGUGCCUUUUACAUCCACAAGUAAAAUUAAAUGAGCCAUCCCCAUCCCCAUCUGUCAUGAGUCAUGACCAAGUUAAUGAUAUCAUUGAAGCAAUAAUGCAGCAGAGUUGCACAGAAAAUGAAUAUGCUCAUGGAUACAAUCUGAAUCAUAAUACAAAAAGUGAAAGUCAGAAGAUGCCAAGAUCUGCUCUGCUGCAGUCACCAUUUCAUUUAUGUAAGCUCUUGCUAAAUGACUUGGGAAUGAAUUCUUGGGAAAAAAGAAAAAGUUUUAAUAUUUUGAAGAAAAAUUCUAAAUUGUUGAGAGAGCUGAAAAAUUUGGACUCUAGACAAUGUCGUGAAACUCACAAGAUUGCAGUAGUUUACAUUGCUGAAGGACAAGAAGAUAAAUGUUCAAUAUUGUCCAACCCACAAGGAAGCCAAGCAUAUGAAGAUUUUAUUGCUGGAUUGGGUUGGGAGGUUGAUCUUUCAACUCACUGUGGAUUUAUGGGUGGCCUUCAGCGUAAUGGUAGCACAGGACAAACAGCCCCAUAUUAUGCAACUUCAACUGUGGAAGUAAUUUUUCAUGUAUCCACACGAAUGCCAUCUGACUCAGAUGACUCACUGACCAAAAAGCUUCGUCACUUGGGAAAUGAUGAAGUUCAUGUUAUCUGGUCUGAACACACGAGAAAUUAUCGCAGGGGCAUUAUACCAACAGAUUUUGGUGAUGUUUUAAUUAUUAUUUAUCCAAUGAAGAAUCGUAUGUUCUACAUAGAGAUUAUGAAGAAACCAGAGGUCCCAUUUUUUGGUCCUUUGUUUAACGGAGCAAUUGUGACUGCAAGACUGUUGCCAAGUCUUAUACGGGCCACAUGUAUCAAUGCCAGCAGAGCUGUGAAGUCUCUUAUAACUCUCUAUCAGAGCUUUUAUGAGGAAAGAGCAUUAUAUCUUGAUGCAAUAAUCCAGAAUCACAAGGAACUACUAACAUUUGAGGAUUUUGCUGCUCAGAUCUUCUCUCCCUCUCCCAGUUACUCCCGUAGUGGAUGUGGCAUUAUUACUACAGUUUUGAGUGCUGAUCUUACUGCACCUGUAAGGAUAGAAUAAACAGAUUUCACCGAUACUAGCAUCUGUCAGAGAAAAAAAACAAGUUUCUGGGAAGUUGUACUGAUUGGCCAGUACUCUCAGUAAAUCUUCAAGUUAAACCUUUUGGAAGUUUGAAAUAAUUGAAGAAACCUACGUUCUCACCUGCUGUAUCUCUCCAGCUGGUAAUUUUUGGAGAUUGCAUAAUGAAGGUUUUUUAUUUUCUGUUUUGCUAUGAAAUAAUUGUUCCUUAAAUUUCAAACUUAAAUUUUUCAUAUUUUCCUGUAUUAUUUCCUGGUGCUCACUUGAUAAUUUUCAGCUAUGGAGGACUGAAAUCCAGACUUUUUAUUGCCAGUUUAAACUAUGACAAAAUACUUGCUUUCUAAUUUUAGUUUACGAAUUAUGUUAUCAUCUAAAAGAGGAUGCAGAACAAUAACUGAAGCCCCCCCACAAGUCUUAAAUGCAACAUUAACAAUUUCAGUGUAAUUUAAAAUUUACUGGAAGAAAACUUCUUUUUAUUUCAUUGGUGGAGACCCACAUUUAGCCAAAAUGAAGGAGUUUUGACUAAUAAUCUUUUUUAUAUUAAAGAAAAUGCUUUAUAUUGGCAGUAAAGACCAAACCACUUAGCAUAUAGAUGAAAAAUGAUUAUGUUUUACAAUAUCUUUUCAAAUAUACCAUCAUUUUCUAUUACUUAUUUCCGAAGUUUAUUGUUGUGCACAUAACUGAAAAUGCCUACUCAUAAUCAAGAGCACUUUUAAGUAUGUAUAUAGUUAAAUAAAAUACAGUAGUAAAACCUAAAUUUAAA